CAAGCAUGGCAGUCGACUCCUGCGGCGUUGGUCUGGGUGACAAUGGAAGAAGUUUCGAGCACAUUGGAAGCCAUCAAUGAGUACACGGUCAUCUCAAAUUCGCCUUUACUGCCAGCCUUCCAAGUAAUUCAGCAGUUCAAGAGCUUGCCAGAUGUCUUGAUGGUUCCCGCCAUCCUGGCGUUAAUGCCCCAUCAUCAUUCCAAUGGUCCCACUCCGAAAAUUUUAGAAUACCCUCCUUCACAAGGUCGUAGCAUGAGGAUCCUCCAUGCUAUGCAUGCCUUUGUGGCUUUUGCAAACAAAGCACGUGAACGAAGUCGACCAGCUUCCGGCGCUCUCAAGUACGCAUGUCAAAACUGGGCCUUCCAUCUUUCGCGAGCUCUGAAGCCAUGGGACGAUACACUCCAUUGUAUAUUCAAGUCUUUCUGGAAUCGUGCUCUCCUCUCCUGGCUUGAAAGACAGUGGUGUUUGAAUGGUUUGCAGUCCUGCCUCGUCAUUUUAUCGGAAGGGCAGAAACUUGCAACGGAACACCUGCUUGACGUUUCAGUGUCAUCUCAACCAUCAGUAACAAAGAGUCGUCAUUCUUGUACCUGCCAGUGAACAAGCCAAGCAUGGAUAUACAGCACACUUGGCAUAUAUGAUGAUUCAUAGCGGCACAGGGCAGUCAUCCCCCACUCUCGAUUCUCGCCUUUUUCGAGGCCUCCAGCAGUUACCUUAACUUCGAGCAUGGGAAUGUACUCAGACAGGGCGGAGGACAAGGCCGCAGUAAUCGGCUUAGAUGCUGGAAGCGGCUUCAAAUAUUACUGGGCAGAGAUACGAAAACGCGGGGUGCAUACAAGGGCAAGUAACACAAUAAUAGUGAUGUACGUGUUGUAAGAUGAAGAAGCGCAAUGCCAAUCCGUUUCGCAAUCUCUCGCGAUCGGACAUUGCUUACCA